AGCCAAUGGAUGAUGCGGCUAUGUUCUCAGGUAUAGCCUCAAGUCUUUAGGUACAUAUGUAUUCGGGAAUCGGCUGAGGCGGCGGGUAUGGCUGGCUAGCGUCGGACCAACCCCGCCACGAUUCCCCCAGCUUUCUACUUUUCUCCACGGUCACAGCGCUCCAAUCGACGUGACGGAAUUCGCGGUUUCGUCUCGCCCUCUUUGAUCUCCUCAGGUAAACCUGCAGUAGCCGACAAGUACGCAUGCCAGUAGUACAUAAUAUACAUAUUAUACAUAUUGAUUCCCCUCUUAAUUCGACUGUCGAUACUUACCUACCCGAGGAUGUCAUCAACUAUCCCAACACACGUCCAGCUGGCUGCACCAGAUUAACACCAAAGUCACAAUGCCUGUCACAGCCUUUGAACUUCCUGAACGACACAAAUACCAGAACGGAUUCGGCUCAUAUUUCGAAUCCGAGGCUGUCCCAGGCGCCCUCCCCGUUGGUCAGAACUCUCCCCAGAAGCCCCCGCAUGGCUUAUACGCCGAGAAGCUCUCCGGCACCGCCUUCACCGCUCCACGGCACGAAAACCAACAAUCGUGGCUAUACAGGAUCUUGCCCUCUUGCGCCCAUCCUCCUUUUGCCUCGAUAACCGACGGACCCUACAAGUCCGACAAGCCUUCCGAUCCCGCGAGACUCGAGUACAUCCCGAACCAGCUGCGGUGGGAUCCCUUUGACCAUAAUGAUCAAUCUGAUUUCGUGUCUGGGAUGCGCCUCGUCGCCGGUGCAGGCGAUCCCACCCUAAAGCAGGGCAUUGGCAUCUACAUAUACGCUGCCGGCAAGUCCAUGGAUGACCAAUCCGCUUUCUACUCGGCAGAUGGAGAUCUACUGGUUGUACCGCAAGAGGGGGCUCUCGACAUCAGGACGGAACUAGGCUGGCUCCUUGUUCGGCCGAUGGAGAUAUGCGUCAUCCCUCGCGGGAUCAAAUACCAAGUUCACCUACCGUCGGGGCCAGCACGAGGCUAUGCUCUCGAAUUAUACCAAGGACACUUCACCCUUCCAGAGCUCGGCCCAAUUGGCUCCAAUUGUCUCGCCAAUGCUCGCGAUUUCCAAACCCCUAUUGCUUGCUUCAGCGAGGACUACGGCGCGACCGCAUCAGAAGGGUCGAACACCUACACAAUCACUGUCAAGUUCAACAACUCGCUGUUCCAGACCAAACAGCCCCAUACACCCUUCGACGUCGUAGCAUGGCACGGCAAUUACUAUCCCUACAAGUACGACCUGGGCCGGUUCAACACCAUCGGCUCCAUCUCAUAUGAUCAUCCUGAUCCCUCCAUCUUCACUGUGUUAUCAGCGCUGUCAGAUCAUCCUGGAACUGCCAUCGCCGAUUUCGUCAUUUUCCCACCGCGUUGGCUAGUCGCCGAGAACACUUUCCGUCCACCGUGGUAUCACCGCAACACCAUGUCCGAAUUCAUGGGUCUGAUUGCGGGUGACUACGAUGCAAAGAAAGGAGGACAGGGAGGUUUCAUGCCUGGCGGGGCAAGUUUACACAAUGUCAUGAGUGGUCAUGGGCCGGACGCGAGUAGUUACGAGGGUGCGCGCAAUGCCGAGCUCAAGUCGGCUUUGGUGGGUAAGGGCAGCUGUGCUUUCAUGUUUGAGAGCUGUCUGAUGGUUGGCGUGACGGAAUGGGGGAGGAAUUCAUGCAGGAAGGUCCAGGAAGGCUAUAGCGAUGAGAGUUGGGGUGGUGUCAAGGUCCAUUGGAAACGACCAGAUGCCACCGGCUCCGAUGGAUCCGCUCCAAGUUAAUGCAAGAAACAACACACUCUUUGGCUUGAGGAGAUAGCUACGUUGAUAUCUACAUAUUAAUUAUUGUAUCCGCCUUGAUCAACCUUCGCUGUCUCUCACAUGAACAAUUCCCUAUGACAGUGUCUGAGCUGAUACCUAUUACUGGAGCUUCAACAUGCGAAUUCGGGCACAACCACACCAUUACUCUCAUGUACCUCUCACACUUCUCUA